AACAUUUUGUGUGUAACAUUUUUUAGUGUUGCAACAAGGUGAUAAAGUUUAUGUUGGGAGGAAGGUCGUGAAUGGUGCCAGUCAAUAUUUUCUUUACAACGACCUUGGUUAAUGAUUCUGUUGAAUUAAGAGACGUCUGCUCAAUUUAGACAGAAGCUGCUCUCUAGAGCCAGGUGUUUGUAUGAUUAACCUGUUCUGGUGAAGGUGAGCGGGCUGAGUUUGGAGGUCACCAUGGGAGCCAGAUCCACCAAUGAGAAGGCAGAAAAGGGAGUGGACUUUAGCAGUCCUGGGUGUAAAAACUAGGCAAGUGAAAGCAUGAAAGUUGUCUCAUUUAACAAGCUGCUAACAAAUAACCCAAAAUGUCCAUUAUGCACGGACGAAACAUGAUUUAUUACUUAUGUUAUUUAAAAUAUAAAACAUGCAUUUACUGUAGAACCAACCAACUCACUGUAAAAGUAUAUUCAUGUGGACAAAAAGCUAAAAAAGAACAUUUGUGGAGAGAAGUUUUGUAAACAAAUUAUUUUUAUGAAGGUUUUUUUUAUGAUGAGUACUUUAAGAUAAACCACAUAGUUUAUGCAUUUAAACAAAAAAUUGUUAAAUUGUUUCUUCACUGUGAUCCAAAUUCACCUAGAAAACACUGAACAUGCUCUUAGUGUAAGUCAUAACGGAAAAAACUUCAUCAUUGUAUAGCAAAAGUCACAUUGUCCUUGUCACAAGCUAACUAAUACCAUUGUAUGAAUCUUUAUGAAGCCAAGUACAUAUUGUAAAUAUUCAGAAGGACAUUCAUUCUCUGGCACUUAAACCAAUCUACACUGAACCCAGCUUAAUGCUCAUUUUGAAGUCCAAGCCAAAUAUGUAAAUACUGACUAACCUUUAAGGAUAAACUUUUAACCAUAAGCCACAUUCAUCUUCCAGCUCUACCAUUCUGUAACAUCACUUCAGUUAAAUAUUGAUUUCUAUAACAUCAAGUAUCAGUGGAAAAGUUAAAGCCGACGUUGGUUCAAGUUUCUGUUGAUUCCAAACAGAGAUGUCUGCCCAGGUCAGACUGAAGCUGCUCCCUAGAGCCAGGUGUUUGGAUGAUGACCCCGUCCAGGUGAAGGUGAGUGGGCUGAAGUCGAGGCAGGUGGUCGCCAUGAGAGCCAGAUCCACCGAUGAGAGGGGAGUGGUGUUCAGCUCCUCGGCCACCUACAGAGCUGAUGGUAACAGGGAGAUCGACCUGAACAGAGACACCUCACUCUGUGGGAGCUACUAUGGAGUAGAACCCAUGGGUCUGCUGUGGUCCAUGAGGUCAGAGACCAUGCACAAAAGGUUUCAGAAGACUAAUUCUUCAAAACCACAUGUGGUGAAGUUCUCUGUUCAUGAAGUGAAGGGCAGGAUGCUGGCUGAGGCCACUAAUGAGAGGUUGUUCAUGGGAGAUGGAUUCAGCCGGGUUCCUGUCAGUCAGGGGAAUGUUUCUGGUAUCCUGUUCACUCCUCCAGGUUUGUAA